AUGGAGGCCCUUGUAGCUGUCGGGCUUGCAUCGAACGUCUUGCAGUUCGUUGACUUCUCAGCUAAACUGAUCCGUAUUUCGAACGAAUUCCGAAAUAAUGCAGCCUCGUCAGAGAACAGAGAUCACCAAGUGAUUACGACGCAUCUGAAAGCUCUCGCCCAGAGCAUCAGCGACUCAGCCAAAGCCAUCUCUCAAACUUCUAUAACAGCUUCACCCGAAGAAAAGAGAAACAACAAGGCCCUUCAACCAGUAGCCGACGAGUGCUGCAAACUUGCCGAUAGCCUCCUCACUCGCCUCAAGACGUGCGGUAUUCAGCAUGGCCAAAAUAACAGCCGGCUUCAGCGUGCCAAGACAGCUUUCAGAGCCAUUUGGAACAAGAAGGAGAUAGAGGAGAUAUCAAAUAGGCUGCAGUUCUUCAGGAGUGAACUUACUCUCCAUUAUGUCUCCCAGGGUAGACAGAUACAGUUACACCAAGUAGCACGACAGUCAACCACGGAUGACAUUCAGACGACAUUAGAAAGGCUCAAUGAUCUAGAGAGGUCAAUUGAUGAUGUGAAGUCCGAUCUAGGAAGGGCCGUGAAUGAUCAACAUUUCGAAAUCUUGAACUCUGUUAAAGAGGCGCGGAAUGAAAACACGCUAUUCCACACUCAAGCAGCGCAACAGGCCAUUACCGAUCGCUCCUUAAUCAACCAAGAGCUAGGGGAUCUCCAAGCCUCGAUGAAAAAUAUUACUACGGGCCUUCAGCACAUCCAGGUUCGACAGUCGGAGACAUUGGAAUCUAUUGCUCAUGUCAAAGUAGAGAACUCGACCUUUUUUGCCACAGUGACCCAGCAAGCUCCCUUAGCUAGCGAUUCCAGUACCCUAGCCCAUGCGCUUCGGCCCCUAUUAGAGCAGUAUAAAGACGAAUUCAUCGCAGGAGUCAAGAAGGAAUUCCAAUCCGCGGCCCGGGCUGGGUUCGAUAGCAUCAUUCAAAACGCACCUACUACGCUCGAGAUGCAACAUCGUAGUAGGAUAGCACAACAUGAUCCUGAAAGGGUGGUGGGCGAGAGUAAAGAGACGAUCGAAAUGGAUUUGUGUACUUCUGAAUCAUAUACUACCUCAUUCGAAGAUCCGAACCCCUUGCUCCUCAAGAGGCAGGUUCCUGGUUGGAGAGAUAAGAACAGCAUAACGAUGCUCUACCAGCGCCGGCGGAGAUGGGAAACUGGGCUUGGAACUUUGGUACUUGUCAUCGGAGACAACCUCUAUUUUAACAAACACGGACGCCCAACAAAGAUAUACCAGCUUACGGUACAAUUUAUACCGUCGCUAAGUUGGUUGUCUACGGGCUUCUCAAUGACGUACGAGAACAAAACCGAUGCGAGAGGAGGCCCCGAGUUUGGUCUUAGGUUGAAGACAUAUCGCGUUCUUCCAGACGACCAUGAAGUGUUCCGUGCUAUAGAGGACGAUGACGUCUGUACUGUCCAGAAUAUGUUGUCGCAAAAGUUUGUUUCACCUUCAGACCGACAUACGGAUGGGUGGACAUUGCUCAUGAUUGCUGUGUUUCACGGUAGAUUGGAUAUUUGUAAAGCACUAGUACAGAGUGGUGCAGAUGUCAAUGCACGUAAUACACGGUAA